AGUAGAUUUUGGAGGCGAGCGCAAGUGAUUUCGCGAGCGACUAUCGAACGAAUGAAACCUGAUGAAACAGCGAAUUAAAUUCGGAGCCGACACUAUUUCCUAGGGAUACUCCCUAGACAGCUGUAUUAUAGUCAACUUUGCAAUUCGCAGUGCUAGUGCUACUGUCAACUGUCCGCGAAGCUUCCUCCCGAUGACGUCCGGAGCCACGACCCCCCUGUAGAGCUGUGUGGUGUUGUACCGUGUCGUGUCUCUCGUAUAUAUUAUAUAUAUAUAUACGCUCGCACUCGUUACUCCUUACUACAUCUGCUGUUAUCGCGCAGCCCACGACGAGGAGGAUCCCGACGUCGAUCUACGCCCCGCGACCGCUGUCAGGAGCUCCGGCGCACAGCUGAUGUCACGAGAGUCGAUGACACUGGCGCGCCGCGGCAAAGGCUUCAGCAGAUGCACUUGACCGGGCCCCAAUGCUACCGCGGCCCUCGACGACAAUUCCACGCUCUUUGCUGCAGCAGUACGGCCGUUGAUCAGCAAGCGAGGAUCGCCUGGACCCAGUAGCUUGAAUGACAUACGAUUACAAGAUGGAGAAGUUCGCCGUCGACAAGGUCCUUGACGAGUUCGACUUCAACAAUGACCAAGCGGAGCAAAUGCCAUCGGCCUCUGCUCCCCCCAUGCACCCUUCCAUGCUCCCAGCGAUGCAUUCUUCCAUGCAUCCUGUGAUGCACUCUCAGAUGCACCAACCGAUGCAGGGGCUGCCCAUGCAGUACGGAAUCCCGAAUGUCUAUCAUCAACCUCCGAUGCCCGCUGUGAACAGUGAGCUGGGAAUGAUGAACAUGAUGGUGGAUCCCUCUGGCUUGAAGGGCAACGAGAUGAAUCUUAUGAAGGAGCAGGAAUACCUGGCUGCCGGCAACAUGGAUAAUCUGAGAAAAUCCGAACUCUUGGUGGAUAAUCUAGAUUCUAUAAACCAUUUUUAUACGCAUGAUAGCCUGUUGGACGACAAGCUGCAGCAUAAGUUGAACGUGAAUGUGGGAGAGGCUGAGCCAUCAGCUUUGACUAUACACAAUGACAUAUCCCAAAAGUUGCCCCAGAAACAGCCAAACGAUCACGUUCUGAUCAAUAGCUAUGACAAGAAAUUGAAUCAGUCACACAUGCAGCUUGACGUCGGCAAUGUUUUUAAUAAUUUUAACGAAUACAUGAGCGCUCCAAGCGUUAGCUUGCUUAGUUUAGACGAUGAGAAUGUGGUGAGCAACAUGUAUAAUACUAUACCAAGCGAAGGAAUGGUUAAUAUGACUGACUCUUGUAUGUCAAGUUUUGUAAAGCAUGAAAAAUGCUCUAUAGAUGAUUUACUCACAACUGAGGUGCAAGAUAUGAUGGAUGAUAAGAAGGAUCACAAUGCAGCACCUCCAAAAUAUCAGAAUAUUUUGCUACCUAUCAAGCUAGACACAUGUAAUAAAUCUAGCGAAACUAAGACAAAUGGAAUAGAACCAGAUUUGAAAUUUCCCGAUUUAAUGACAGACACUAAUCAAGCUGUAAGCGCAGGUUUUGAUAAGCCAGAUAAAGUUGUGAAAAGUAUACUGGAUGAGCCAGAACAUGUGUAUGAAAAUGUAUACAUUGGAACCGAUAUUCCAAAGACUCAACAGGUGUUUAAUAAUCCUCUCAAUAAACAAAGAAAAGUAGACCCUGAGAUUGAACAUACUUAUGAAAAUGUAAGUUUUGGAACCCAAAGCAUAAGCUCAGUGCCACAGGAUAAGGAUGGAGUGUAUGAAUGCAUUUAUAUUAGCAAUAGGGAUAACUUACCAGAAACCAACACAGAAUUAGAAAUUGCAGCCAAAAAAAUGGCUGAUCACUUAAAUUUGAAAGAAUCUGAGAGUCAGAAUGUUUGCCCCAUUCCAAGUGCUGCAAGCACCAAUAUAAAACCAGUUUUCCAGAAUGUUCAAUUGGAUAGUGUUCAAGUUCCAGAGCCAAAAUCAGUCAUUGGUUUCACUGAGAUUGAUGACAUGUCUGAAGAAGAGCUAAGCAAGUAUCUGGCUGAUCUUGAAGCAGAGGAAAGGGCGAAUGAAAGAGCUGCAGCAGUAUACGAAAAUAUUGCUGUUGACAAUACUAGAGAAAAUUUAAAAACUAGUUCAUUACCAAUUCAACAACAAGAUGAUGAAGAUGCUAAUGAAGCUCCAAUAUUUGAAGCAGUCACAAUAGGCGAACUGCCUCAAGUUCCUCAACAAGAUCUUGCAGAAAAAGCCAAAAAAUUCCCUGUAAUUGACUAUAACAUUGGAACUAGCAGCAGCAGUAGCAGUGGAGAAAUAUCAAGCGAGUUCUCUUGUCCAAAAAAGCCUGAAACAGCUAGAAUUAGUCUGAAUCAGGUGAAAGCAGAUGAUGAAAGUAAAGUAAAGAAAAGUAAAAAGACAAAUGAAAAAGUGAGAAAAAGUUCAGAUAACACAGAGCCUACAUCACAAGCUUCUAGUCAAAGUGAGCAAAUGAGCAAUAAUGAAGAUAAGGAUACUGAAAAGGAUGAGGAAAACGGAAACUAUGUGACUACCAAUGAGUCAGAUGAUAAACAGAAUAACCUAGAUGCCAAAACACUGGCUCUUGCUGAAGAAAAUAAAAAUUUUAAUUCCACUGAAAGCACAACAUCCGAGCAACUUGAUAAUACUGAUGUUAAAAAUUUACAGAAUAAUGAUCAAAAUAUCAUCAUCACCUCGGAUGAUAAUAAAUUGGCAAAUACCAGAACACCAGUUAGGAACACAGAAACUAUUUCAAGAUUUUCAGUGACUAGGAAUGUAGAUGUUAAUGAUAAACUAGGUGGCAGACCUAUUCCUUCACAAUCACAUAAUAUAGUCAAGCACACAGAAAACAGUAAUUCAGAGCUUGAUGAAAGCAGUGAUGAUGAUCCCAAUAGACCAUCCAGACCUCAAACGUUGAAUGUCGUGUCAACAGUAAAUAUGUCAGAUUCUUCUGCAGGAGCUUGUUGCAAUCGAGAAACGUCGGAUGUUGAGGGUGAUAAAGACAGCGGUCGAGUUCCAUCCCCGGAUGUAUCAGAAAAUUCUUCAAUGGAGUCUGGUACUGUAUUAGGAAAGCAGCCACCGUUCUGGGUACCAGAUAGUGACGCGCCAAAUUGCAUGCUGUGCGAUAUGAAAUUCACGGUUGUCAAGAGAAGGCAUCACUGCAGAGCAUGCGGCAAGGUUUUCUGUAACAAGUGCUGCAGCAACAAGUUGAGGCUAGAAUACCAGAAGACUAUCGAUUCUAGAGUGUGCAUUCCAUGCCAUCAAGUUCUGACAAAACCUGAAAGUGACACUGGAUCAGGAGACUAUGCCGGAUUCUCAACUAUGAACAGCACCGGAAUCAACUCUCCUCAGGGGAGACCGCCUAAUCCAAAUAAUCCAAUGGAGUACUGUUCAAAAAUCCCACCUUUGGAACAGUUGGCAGGUGGUUUGCCACCUGCACCUCCUACAGUCAUGGUACCAGUCGGCGUGCUCAAACGCGAGGGAAGUUCGAAGCAGCGAUCUGAGGGACCCAAGUCCGUAAUGUUCAGUGACGGAAUAAGGCCUGGCUGUGACCUGACAGAGCUCGACACCUCAUGGGAUUGGAAAGGACCAUCCGCUGCCGCGAGAAACCCGGUGCCCAGGAGAACGAUCGGAGCGGGUUACGUGGCGUCGUCCUCGAGCAAGAAGCAAAAUUGUCCACCGAUCGACGCGAAAACUAAUAGCUAUAUUCCUCAGGACCCGGCAGCUCUGCCUCCCACGGUGACGAUACAUAAAGGACAGAUCACUUAUCACCAAGUCACCGACCCUGUGAGUCUCUGCGCAUCGCUGAAAAAUGAAUGCGAACCUCCAGUUAUGUUUGCCAUUCAACGUAAUCUCUUCGCUCUUGUAAAAAUAAUAAAUUUGAAUUGCUGCGUUAAUAGAAUAUGCUGGAAUGUGACUUCGAAAGGCUUGGCUUGUGUUGGUCAAGACGAAAUAGUUUUCCUAGUCGAAACUUUGCCAGACGAGACCCAAGUGCCGAAAGAUCUGCUUUUACAUAUUAAUCUGAUUUACCACGAAGCUGCUAAAGGAAACACAAUACCCGAGUAUGGAAUGUCCAUACAUCAAGAGGGAAACUUGCUUGGAUCUCGGGAACACGUAGGAUUUCUUUUUAUAAGACAGACACUUCAGUGCUUACAGAAAGUUAUCGUUCCUCCAGCCCCCUUCCUCGUCGGGCUCCUAGUCCACAGGUGGGAAACUCCUUGGGCCAAAGUAUUUCCGCUACGUCUGGUGUUGCGUUUAGGUGCUGAAUAUCGGUAUUAUCCAUGUCCGUUGGUAUCCGUCCGCUUGCGAAAUUCUGUGUACUUGGAAAUUGGCCACACGAUCAUGAAAGUUCUAGCGGAUUUCCGUAACUUUGCUUAUACUUUACCCAAAGUUCAGGGAAUGACGAUUCACAUGGAAGGCAAUACUACGAACGUUCGAUUUCCGAAAAAUCGAUACAACCAGGUGAUCAAGGGACUGAACAAUUCCAACGAUCACGUACUUGCUUUCGCGUCUAACUUUAGUAUUCAGGCCGAUUCUCACCUAGUGUGCAUACAAGUUGCUGUGAAUAACGAGGAAGACAGCGGUUAUCAAACUCAGGCUAUAAAUAUACAGAAUAAACCUAGAAAAGUAACUGGUGCAAGUUUCAUUGUCAUAAAUGGUGCGCUCAAGUCGUCAAUGGGUCUUUCUGCGAAAUCUAGCAUAGUAGAGGACGGCUUGAUGGUUCAAAUAAUGCCGGAAAAAAUGGAAGCCUUAAAAGCUGCGCUUAAGAAUAUGCAAGAUUUUACUAUUGGCUGUGGCAAACAAGGUGCUCCCGAACCUGAUGAAAUUGUGAAUAUUAAAUGGGUGGAAAAAGAUACUCAAUUUAAUCUUGGUGUAAAAAGCCCCAUCGACAGCAAGCCUAUGGACGGAAUCCCAUCCAUAAGAGUGCACAACGGAAUUAAUUAUGUGGGAACAAGCAGGUUUAUACGUUGGACAGAAGUAUUUAUAAUAAAGUCGGACGACGAUCAACCAUUCGGGAUGCACUAUCCUGUGGAUAUAAAUAAACUCUCGGAGAGUAUAGCUAGAGCGACCUGUACAGCGCUUGUCAAACUAUUGGAUUUAUUGGCGAACGCGGGACUUGUGAAAAUUGCUGUGAGAGCAACUAUUCAACCCGACAACGUUGGAUACGAGGCAGGAAGCGAGGGAACACGUUUACCACCUAUUUAUAUGAAUAGUUUAGAUAACGAACUUGUACAAGUUUUACAAAAAGCUGUACAAGGCUGUGAGGAUACACAAAUUGUACUAGAACUAGUAUUUUAUGUACUAGAGACUGAAAACUAGAGUGCUUGGGUCUUUAUUUCUUUAUUGCUGGUUAAUUGAUGAACGUGUAUCUUAGAUUUAUAAACUACAAUGUUUUUGAUACUUUAGCACAUUUAUUCUAAAAUCAAAAAAGUUUUACGCAAUUUUAUACAGCAAAUUUAUAUGUUCAUAAUCAUUGUUAUAGUAAAAAAAUUCUUGUGUGUUUUACAGCUCUCGAGUAAUCGGGGGACACGUUUAAAUGCGUUUAUUCGAUUUAACAACUUUUUCUAAUGAUAGAGUUUAAACGGAAAAUUUUUUGUUCUUGACAUUUGCUUCAUAUAAAAACAACGCCGUAUACGUUUACCAUUACAGUAUAAGCGCGUUUGUAUGACUAGAGAGAGACCUAAUAUAUAAAAAGGGUGAGUGCAAUGAGAUAUACAUACGAAACCUUGCUCGAACUAUAAACGGAAAUGAUACUGAAAAUUGAUUUAUAAAAACAGGGUGAAUUAACGAGUUUGGCUUAGAAUCUGAAUUUCGUUAUCUAGAUGAAAAAUUGUAUGAAUAGAGACUAGAUUAAAGCAACUUGAUAACUUGAUUGAUCAACUUUUUAUGAUAUGCCAUGUAAAAGUAAUUUUUCUAGUAAAUGUCGAUUCUAAACUUUUAUUUUCUCUUUAAAUAAUCAGUGGUGUACAGCUUUUCGAUGUUUUUUUGAAUUAUGAAUAGAUAUAUUAUGUAUAGUAAAAUAGUAAAACAGCCUAAAAAUUUGGUAGUAAUAGAAGAGUAGAAGGUUUGACGAAUGAGCUACGUUUGUUAAUGCGAGUACGAUCGUUAAAGAGAAUAAUGUACAAAACAAUAAAGUCUUACCUUUUUCUGCGAAAAGCUUUAAUUUGCCAAAGACUUGCAGAAAUAUUGUUGUAUAAUCAUUAAUACGCAUAGAUAAAAUCAGAAAACUAUCUGGAAACGACCGAUAUAUUAGUCUCAAGUAGUUGAAAUUACUUGAAUACGAUCUGAAUAACAUAUAUUUAUGUAAAUUAAGGAAAAGGAGGUAUUUUAAUGUAAGAUUGAUUUGUAACAAUAACGAGAUGAUUGGGGUGUUUUACAGCGUGACAAGAAAUCCGGUCAAUCAAUGAUUUGUAAAAUUUUUGUUGGACCUAAUUUGUUAAACUAUAUUACUUCUAAAAUAAUUAUUUUUAUAACCGAACGUCGUUUUGUAAGAUUAAGUACUGCAUUUUUUAUACGACGAAAAUAUGUAUGCAGCCGAUUUCUUGGCUCACUGUGAUUUGACGGUUAAUUUUGUACAGUUGCUUAAGAAUUUCUCGUAUUCGUUAUUCUAAUGUUAAAUUAAUCUAGUUAUUAUGCUGUUAUCGAAAAUUGUUGGAAAAAAGAAUAUUGUAUACUGUUACUUAAUGAUGAAGAAGAGAUUGUUUAAAUCACGUAACGUUACUUCUUGCAAAGACGAUUCUUCAUUAUUCCAACUUCCGAACACAUAUAAUCUUUACAUAUAGAGUAACAAACAAAACAUAAUAAUUGUAUCCGUUUCAAGUUGUCAUGUAAGAAAACGAACUUAUUAUGUAAUUCCUGUUUCUUAUUUACAUUUUAUUACACUUUUUAUAAAUGCGUCGACGUUUUGUCAGAUCAACAAUCGGCGGACGUAUGAUAUAUUUCUUCACGCAACUAUGAGCGAACUUUUCUUCUUUAUUUGUUCAGAUUCGGCGUCUAAAUUCGAGCUGCAUAAUAAUGUAUAUAUAAGCAAGUGAAUAAAUUUGUAAAUACUAAAAAUUC